AUUGUCGCCCUCGUCUUCUUUUCGAAAAGAAAGUUUCGACCCUCUGGUGUAUCCGCUGUGUACUUCGGAGAGACGUAUACGUGUUUUGUCAAGAGGUUAUAGUCGUAAUGGCACCAGAGAAUUCCGUCAUAAAAAUCAAUAAGUGGGAUGGCUCAGCUGUGAAAAAUGCUUUGGAUGAUGCAGUCAAGGAUGUACUUACAAAGAAAUAUAAUUAUAUGGAAAAUUUUAGUCUUCUUGAUGGAAGAUUGUUUCUCUGUGGGAUUGCUGUUACAAUAGCCAUCAUAGCAUUGUUGUGCGAUUACUUGUAUCCAUUCCCAGUUUCCAAACCUGUUUUAAUAGCCUGUGUCUCCCUGUAUUUCCUUUUAAUGGGACUCUUGACUUUGUAUACAACAUACAAAGAGAAAGGCAUAUUUGUAGUUGCAAUUCAAAGAGACCCAGCAGGCUUCAACCCUGACAUGAUCUGGGAGGCCAGUUCCUACUUAAAAAAAUAUGAUGAUAAAUAUAAUUUGAUAUUAUCAGUUAGGAGCACAUCAAACACAAACGUCCAUGAAACAAGUGUGACUAAAUCCGUCGCGAAUUUCAUUGAUGUUAACGGUGUGGUGAUACCAGAAUUGAUAGAAGCUGUAGUGACGAUCAUGCAUGACAGCCUAACAUUGCAACGCAAAGAAAAGUAGCAGCGUUCCAAAAUUUAAUCAGCAAAACUUGUUUUUCUGUGUGAAUAAGCCUUCUUUUCUAUGAAAUUUUGUUAUUUCACAGUUUUUCGAUCGUAUUCUAAGAUACACGCAGUCCAGUUUCGUGUAGAUAACACGUAAAAGUGAGAAACCGAGCAUUUUCAUCCUCCAUGUGUGUAUUAUAAUUAUUAUAUUUAACAGAAUCGAAAACAGACAUAAAUCUUCUUUUUUUUAGACAAAA